ACUGCAUGUUUCGGAAACCAGUCACUGUUGUGGUUUGAGAUGUGUAUACUUUAGCGCUUUAUGUUUAUUACACGAUUGGAGUGAAUUUCGAAGGCAAAACAAUGGCAGCAGUAACGAGGUUUAUAAGAAGUAGUUUACCAUUAGUUAAUGGUGAUGCAGUUGCAUAUCCGACGUCUGUAUUUAUGCAAUGUGUGAGAUGGCGUAGACAUCCGAGAAAGCCACGUUGGUUACCCACAGCGAAGAGUAAAAUGUUCCGUGUGCCAGAACGGCGAAGACUACCUAAAGAUGAGCACGACGAGUUAUUAAGAUUAUUUAACAAUUACAGGAGUCAUAUGAAAGCCCUCAGCAAUUAUUUCAAAGAGGAGCUUGCGAAGUACGAAGAGCAGGCUGUUAAAGACAUCUCCUCGGAUGAUAAAAUACACGAGGAAGCCAUGAAGCUAAACAAUGAAUGGAAUGCCCAGGUUGCAAAACUGCGAGACGAGCGACUAGCGAAAGAAUCUGAAGAGAGAAAGAAGGUUAUCCUUGAAAACCUCAUUGCCGCUGAACAGCUUGAGAAGGAAAAUCUGAGUAGGAUCGAAGAGCGGAUUCGGAAAGAAAAGGUAAACGCCAAGAUGUUUAUUACUGCUGAGAACAUAGAUGAAGCCAUUGAGAAUGCCUUGUCCUCGGAGGUGGACUACAACUUUGCCAUCGAUUUGGAAGGGAACAUCUUCCGUGGGAGGUUCACCAAUCCAAAACAAGUUUCAAGCGACAAACUUGAAAAAACUGAAAUUUCAGCCCAGGCUUCUUAACGACAAUCUUGUGUGGAAGGCAGUACGCUUUAGCAACUUGUAGCAUAGUGAAGUUUGUAUGUAACUUUUCAGUUUGAUGUAUGUUGAAAGUGAUUUGAUUUUUUAAAGAAUUUUUGUGUGUUCAUGUUUACAUAAUAUGUAGUGUUAAACACACUGUCAGUUUCAACAUGCUACUGUUGACAGUGCUUUGUGUAAAAGCAAAGAGCUGAUUUUAAUAAAAAUGAUACACACAUUCACUGCAUGCAGUUUUAUUG